AUGUCAGGUUUUCGAAAAACUCGCUUCCCAUGGACAGAACAAAAUUUAUGUUCAGUGGGUGAUUUUUAUGUAACACGUCAUUCAAAUUUAUCUGAAGUACAUGUUGUUUAUCAUUUGGUAGUUAAUGAUAGUGCUUUACGUUCAUCAUCAGAAAUAACUUCACGUCAUGCUGCUCUAUUUGGUUUACGAAAUAUUUUAAAAGAAUGUUGUAAACAUGAUAUAAUAACAUUAACAUUACCUUUAUUACUUACACAUGAUAUGACUGAAGAAAUGACUAUUCCUUGGGUUAUGAAACGAACUGAAUUAGUAUUAAAAUGUCUUAAAGGUUUUAUGAUGGAAAUGGCAACAUGGGGUGUUAAUCGAUGUUCGACUAUUCAACUUAUUGUACCUAAAAAUUUACUUGAUCAAACAUUUUUUCAAUUAGCUGAUCUUGUACCGACAAUAUUUCGAGAAUCUAGAACAGUGACAUUACAAUUGUAG